CACCUUACUCUGACCUGCUGCCAGAAUAGAGAAGACGAGAUGUGCGGAAUAGCGUUGAUUGUCUCAGGCAUUCGUAUUGACACCUCAUGGUUGCCCUUCGAUUCAACAAGCUCAACUCGGAAAACCGAGAAAUUGUUGUUCUCUUUGGAUGAUCUCAAAGCAGCUCUGCGGAGAAGAGGCCCCGAUAGCGUGUGCGCCAAGAAACUUAUUCUCCAAUCCGAGGAAAAUCUAAUUUCAUCCUUCAUGGAUGAUGGCGUGUCAUCUUCCGAACGCGACAACGCCGAUGGCAUCCACACCGCGAAGCUUCAUUUCUUCGGUGCAACCUUGCAGCUCAGGGGAAUUAAUCCGCUUAUUCAGCCACUGGUGGAUGCGUCAGGGAAUGUUCUCGUGUAUAACGGUGAGAUUUUCGGUGGAUUUGACCUGGAAAGUGAUUGCAACGAUACUGAGUUUCUCAUGCGGACUCUAGGGGAGUGUUGUUCCUGUGGUUCUUGUUCAGCUGGUCAAUGUGUUGAAUGUGGAAAAAGUACAGUUUUGGGUGUUCUUUCAGCAAUUAAAGGGCCUUGGGCUAUCAUUUAUUGGCAGGAUAGCUCCAGGACUCUUUGGUUUGGUCGGGAUGGGUUCGGUCGGCGGAGCCUUCUCGUUCACUGGCCCACGGAAGAUGACUCAACCUUUCUGCUUUCUUCCGUUUCACCUGUUUCGCCAGUUCAGUUUGCCCCUGAGGAUGAAACUCGUAAUGGGAUAGGAUGUUUUAGUUACUGGGAAGAGCUACCGUGUGGAAUAUAUAAUUUGCAUGUGGAUGUUUCAAAACCAAGCGGCUAUCUGGUAGCUGAAGUCAAAAUGCAUGGAUACGUAAACUCAAUGUUAACUGAACUUAUCAAGUGGGAUAGAAUUUCUGUUGAACCAAGCUCUGAAGACCUGAAAACAUGCUGUCAUAAGUUAUCCAGGGGGCAACGUUCUAUACAUCUGGCUUCUUCAGAGUCAGUUCCAAAUGAAACAGGCUCAGUUCAAUCUGCAAUUCCGGUUCCAGCUCAUAGUUUGCUUGAUGCUUUAAAGGAAUCUGUGUUACGACGUACUUCGUUGUAUAAUGUUUAUCAGGCAGUGACAUCUGGUAUCAGACAAGAGGAAUUUGUUCCAGUUGCAAUUCUUUUCUCAGGUGGCCUGGACUCCAUGAUACUUGCAGCAUUAUUGGAUAAAUGCUUAGAUCCCAAUUAUGAAAUCGAUCUACUUAAUGUAAGUUUUGAUGGUCAUUUAGCUCCUGAUAGACAAUCUGCGAAAGCAGGGUUGAAUGAACUAAGAAGAGUUGCACCUUCCAGGAAGUGGAGACUUGUGGAAAUUGAUGCUGACUUGUCAGACUUGGUGUUCGAAACUAGUCAUGUUGUGUCACUCAUAAAUCCUGCCAACACCUACAUGGACCUUAAUAUUGGAAUAGCUUUAUGGCUUGCUUCUGGUGGCAAUGGAUGGGUCUCUGAUGCAAAUAUAUCUGAUAAUGACAACAAUCAUGUACGGAUUAAGUAUAAGUCGAAUGCAAAGAUUCUUCUAGUUGGUUCUGGUGCUGAUGAGCAGUGUGCUGGGUAUGGGAGACACAGGACAAGUUAUAGACGUGGAAGUUGGCUGGGGCUACACGAGGAAAUGAGACUCGAUAUGCAAAGAAUUUGGAGAAGAAAUUUAGGGAGAGAUGAUAGGUGUAUUGCUGAUAAUGGGAAGGAGGCUAGAUUUCCAUUCUUGGAUGAAGAUGUUAUAAGGCUGCUGCUCAAUAUGCCGUUGUGGGAAGUUGCCAACCUUGAUCAACCUAUCGGCAUUGGUGAUAAAAAGAUCUUAAGAGAGGUUGCCAAAUUGCUUGGUUUAUAUGAAGCAGCAGUUCUGCCAAAACGAGCAAUUCAGUUUGGUUCAAGAAUUGCAAGGGAAUCAAAUCGGAAAAAUUUUGGAAGCAAUCGAGCAGCAAAUCAGGCAUCAGCUGGCAGCGUAAGGAUUAAUAGGAAAUCUAGUUUUUAUUGAUUUCUUUUCGCACGCGGAACGCGUAUUAUUUUCUAUUCAAAAUCAUUAAUAUAUUUAGUUGCUUGAAAUUACUUGCCUGUAAGGGAAACAAGAGAUCUAUUUCUCAAGUGUUUUUUUUAUCAU